AGAACACACACUGGAGAGAAGCCUUACAAAUGUAAUCAAUGUGGUAAAGCCUUUGCAAAAAGCAGUCAGCUCAUACGGCAUAAAAGAACACAUACUGGAGAGAAAUCUUAUGAAUGUAACCAGUGUGGUAAAUCCUUUGCACGAAACAGUACUCUCUUAAGCCAUAAAAGAACACACACUGGAGAGAAACCUUAUGAAUGUAAUGAGUGUGGUAAAGCCUUUGCACAAAACAGUACUCUCUUAAGCCAUAAAAGAACACACACUGGAGAGAAACCUUAUGAAUGUAAUGAGUGUGGUAAAGUCUUUGCACAAAACAGUCAUCUCCUAAGCCAUAAAAGAACACACACUGGAGAGAAACCUUAUGAAUGUAAUGAGUGUGGCAAAGCCUUUGCAGAAAACAGUACUCUCUUAAACCAUAAAAGAACACACACUGGAGAGAAACCUUAUGAAUGUAAUGAGUGUGGCAAAGCCUUUGCAGAAAACAGUACUCUCUUAAGCCAUAAAAGAACACACACUGGAGAGAAACCUUAUGAAUGUAAUGAGUGUGGUAAAGCCUUUGCACAAAACAGUGCUCUCAUAAGACAUAAAAGAACACACACUGGAGAGAAACCUUAUGAAUGUAACCAGUGUGGUAAAGCCUUUGCACAAAACAGUCAUCUCCUAAGCCAUAAAAGAACACAUACUGGAAAGAAACCUUAUGAAUAU